AUGAAUUUUUGUCCAGUUUGCUCAAAUUUUUUAUCUUUAGAGAAUGAAUCUAGUUCAGGAUAUAGAUUAAAAUGCCCUGGAUGCAUUUAUUAUUAUCCAUUAAAAGAAAUGAGACUUACUAAAACAUUUUAAUCUAAAGAGCCUGCUCCUAUUACAUAUCCAUAAUAAAAUAAAUAAAUUACAGAUGAAUAAUGUGAUAAAUGUGGAUGUCUUAAAGCAUUCUUUUGGGAAUUCUAAACAAGAGGAGCAGAUGAAUAAAGUACAAUAUCAUUUGAAUGCAUAAAAUGUGGUCAUAAGUGGAAGAAUGAUAGAUGA